AUGGCUCAAGAACUAGAGUUAGACUUCAAGUUCAUGCCUAAAAUUGAGCUUCAUGCCCAUCUAACCGGAAGUAUAAGUCGGCAAUGCCUGCACGAGAUAUGGGAAGUCAAAAAGGCAGCCGCCGAGACGGAUCUCGAAGACCCUCUCGUCGUGAUGCCGCCGGGUAGACAUGAUUACGACCUGACAACCUUCUUCCCGCUCUUCUCAUCCUACAUCUACAACCUAAUCAACGACGUCCCCUCCCUCGAGCUCUCCACCCGCUCCGUCGUGCGUGACUUCGCAGCCGACGGAGUGGUGUAUCUCGAGCUGAGGACCACACCCCGCACGAUGCCCGCCGCGGGCCUAGAUAAGGCAGGCUACGUGGCGGCGGUGCUGCAGGCGAUAAGCGAGGAAGAACAAGCGCUAGCGCAGACUCUCCACGCCCGGCUCAUCCUCUCCAUCGACAGGCGCAAUGUCCUCGACGAAGCGCUCGAGGUGAUCGCACUGGCGAAGCGGUUCCGCGACCAGGGCGUCGUAGGCGUCGAUCUGUGCGGCGACCCCACAAAGGGCGAUGUGGCGCUGUUCACGCCUGCGAUCGAGCAGGCCAGAGCGGCCGGGCUGAAAGUCACAGUCCAUUUCGCCGAGGCGGAGGCCAGCGCUGGAGAGGCUGAGCUGCGCACCAUUAUGAGCUGGACGCCGGAUCGGCUGGGCCACGUUAUCCACGUCCCGGAGACGGUCAAGAGGCAGAUUACGGCGCGAAGGGGGAUUGGGCUGGAGCUUUGUCUCAGCUGCAAUGUCCACGCCAAGAUGAUCAUUGGUAGUUUCGAGGCGCAUCAUUUUGGGGAGUGGUGGCGCGUCGAUGGCCCGGUUGUCGUACCUUGUACUGAUGAUGUGGGCGUUUUCGGAAGUCCGCUGUCGAACGAAUGGAGGCUUAUCCAGGAGCACUUUAAACUACGGCGAGAGGAAAUCCUAGGAUUAGCGAGGAUGGGUAUUGAAGUCAUUUUUGCGAAUGAUGACGAGAAGGCAAGGCUGAGGGAGAUCAUGUGGUGAGGGAAGUUUCUAAACAUGAUAAGGGGUAUCUUGAAGGAGAGGUGAAUUUCUAGUGAUUAUACAGGCUAUUCACAUUUCAAUCGUCUUCUUUUCGUUAACUAGGUAGUCUAGGUAGCUACCUAGGUUCCCUGAAGUUGUGUCCCUGGUUUUCCGCCUAUUACUGAACCUAGACCUAAUAUCUAUUGAAUAACUCUUCCCCUUCUUUCUCGUGAAGUCUAUUAUUCCAUACCAUCUUAGUCGUGUGCUGACGCCCAUUCUUGGAACCAAGCCAAAGAUUCAGGAUUCGCAACACUGGUAUUUGUUUUUAUGUCGAUUCCGGAGAGAAUCUGUUUGACUGCAACU